AUGAUCCGUUUGACCCGUCAUGGAGUGUUCAUUUUUGGGAGCAAGAUUAUGAGGCUCCUGAUGGUAUUACUGCGAAAGCACGUGAAGCCAUCAAAAGAACGAAUUCUUUCAUCACGAGGAAGUCAACCCUCUUGGAAGGGGAGGUUACUAAUUAUCGGCCGCCUUAACAUUUGCUUCGUCGACUUCCUUUGCCCGCGAACCGUAGGGCUCUACAGCACCAAGACACAUCACUGGUACGAAGGUCACAAAAAUUGA